AUGGGCGUCAAAAUUCCUCAUUUGGACUCGGAAACUUCCCAAAGAAAAGUUUCCGUAUCCGUGAAUCCCAUAUCAAACGUAACAACGAGCGAAAUUAAAAAAAAAAACCUAUUAGAAGAGGAAGCAUUUGAACCACCAGGAGAUGAAUUUGAAGAUAAUUCUAAAAUACCAAAAUUAUCAUAUUGGAAGAUAUUUUUAUUAUUUUUGAAUUUUGGAUUCCAUGCUUGGGGAGGACCAGUGGCUCAAAUAGCAUUAUUUAAGGAUAGAUUAGUAACAGAAGGAGGAUGGAUAACAGUGGGUAGAUUUAACCGAGUUUAUGGAGUAUAUCAAUUAAUUCCUGGUCCCGAAGCAACCGAAUUAGCGAUAUACUUUGGCAGUUUAGCAGGUGGUAGAAUCGGAGGAGUAUUGGGAGGGUUGGGAUUCAUUUUACCAGGAUUUGUGUUGUUGAUGAUAUUUUCUUAUGUGUACGUUUUGGUGGGGUUUAGCAAUCAAUAUUUUAAUGCAUCGUUUCGUUGUUUACAACCAAUCGUAGCAGCCAUGGUAUUAAGAGCGGUUCAUAAAAUUGGUGAACAUACAUUUAUUUCCAAUAGAACUAAAAGGUUUAAUAUUUGGUUAUUUGGUUUGGCAGGUAUCCCUUCGUUAGAUUCCCUGGGGCUUGGUGUAGCCCCCACUCCUAGCCCCGGACAUAUCUUUGCUUUAGGAUUAAUAGCAGGCACUUUAUCAUUUGGUGGUGCUUACACUGUCAUUCCAAUUAUUCAAGCCGAAGCGGUAACGAUCGGACAUUGGAUGACCCAACAAACGUAUUUGGAUGCAUUAGCCAUUGGCAACAUCCUUCCUACACCACUCGUUAUGUUUUCAACCUUUAUCGGAUUUCAAGCGGGAAACACAUUUGGAGGCAUUGGAUACGCAUUUCUUGAAUCUAUAUUAGUAACGCUUGCAGUAUUUAUACCAUGCUUCUUAAUGGCCGUAAUGGGAAACACCAUAUUAGAAAAGGUGGUGCGAAAUAAAUUUUGCGCAGCAUUUUUUGAUGGUAUUACAGGUAGUGUCGUCGGUCUCAUUGCCGUAACGGCUUUAGAUUUAUUAAAAAGUUCUAUUACCACUUCCACCGUUUUGAUCAAUAUAUCGGAUGAUGAAAAGCCUCUAAUCUCCGCUCAACAUAAUAGUAUUGCCGCUGUGGUUUAUAUGAUCUCUUUGGCUGCCUUGUAUUCCUUUAAAACUCCUUAUUUGCCCUUGUUGUUAGUUAUAUUUGGCGCCAUUGUGGGUCAAUUCUUGUUCGUUUGA